GGUGCCUACCUGCUCACCACCACUGUUUCCAACAUGGCGGCCAUCCGCAGACAUUAUCGCUUCCCAGUCUUGUGUGUUGUCCGCUUUACCGACCGCGAGCUCACCGACUGAGCCGCCCAAGCCACACCACAGACGACAUGGAUGGCGAGGGCAACGCUAACGUGCCGCUAGGCAGCGACGAGACCGCAGGAGACGAGGACGACGAGGAGUCUUCUUCCUCCGCACGGGCAGGGGUGGACCUGCAAGCCGAGCUGGACAACUUCCGCGCUCGGUGGAGAGACGAGCUGACUUCGAGCCCAGGAUUGUCGCACGAACAGCAACAACGCCGUAAACGACAGGACAGCGAGUCUGAUGAGGACUUCAGCCAGGACCUGGAGGAACGCGCCAAGCGGCUGUUCCUGAAGGGGGUGUCAGCUGAGCAGGAUGGAAACCUGUACGAUGCUGUGAAGUUCUACAAACAAGCCAUCCAGCUUGUACCAGACAUCGAGUCCCACAUCACCGAUUACUCCGAACAGAAAUCUGACGACGACUCGGAUUCCUCGGACGAUGAGGACCUGCUUAGCCCGGAGAUCGAGGACGCCGACCUGUUGUCGCAGUUCCAUCGCCUGACGGUGUCCGACGGGCGGCUGUGCCAGCCUAAUCUCCCACUACGCCAGACACACAUCUCCGCUCUACCCACUGAACUGUUGACCUACAUCUGCAGAUGGGUGGUCAGCAGCGAUCUGGACAUGCGUUCUCUGGAGCGGCUGGCGCUGGUGUGUCGCGGGUUCUACGUGUGCGCCCGGGAUCCAGAGAUCUGGCACCAGGCGUGCCUGCGUGUCUGGGGCAUCAACUGUGGAACCCCGUCCCAGUAUGGCAGCUGGAGAGACAUGUACAUCAACAGGCCUCACUUCAGAUACGAUGGAGUGUACAUCAGUAAGACCUCGUACGUCCGGCCAGGAGAGCAGAGCCUGGACACCUUCUACCGGCCCUUCCACAUGGUGGAGUAUUACCGCUACAUGCGCUUCUUCCCGGACGGGACCAUGCUCCUCCUGACGUCCGCCGACGAACCGCACGGGAUCGUUCACAAGCUGCGCGGGAAGGGGGGCAGCAUGAUGGGCAUGUACACAGGACACUACCGACUACAAGGUGACAAGAUGGCAGCUUACGUGAAGAAACGCAACCCCUACGAGCAGAACCAGUAUUACCGGUACACCAGGGGUUAUCGGAGGUCACAGGAGGCAGUGCCACAGACGGAGCAGAGCUUUCAUGUGGAGAUGAGAUUGGCAGAUGUAGGUCAGCGUAAGAACGCCAAGCUGGUCUGGCUCCGUUACUCGUGCCAGAUCCUGAACAAGCGCACACGGACCACCUCCGUCACGGACUUCGACAUCGAUAAGAAAUACCCGCCAUUGGUGUUCUCCCGCGUGAAGAGCUACACGGCGGCCGCUGAGAGCCCGCUGUAGAGAUGGUGAUCUAACUGCUGCAAUGAGCUUUCUCACUGUCAGAAACUUCAUGCUAUAUCUGAUAGAUAAAGGUAAUAUUACGAUGCAGUGGUGAAUUUUUUUCUGCUGCUUAUUUUAUUUUUUUUUUUAAUUUUAGAAUGAUCCUACAUUUUUGUUCUUCUGAAUCUGUUUUUCCUAGAAAUUUCAAGCAACUCACCUGGAUAGAGUAAGGAAUCCUUUGGUCAUAGUUUAAAACCCAUGCAUGCAUGCAACCAAAGUACAUGCAUUUCUGUUAAGAUGAGAUAUAAGUAUACUAGGUCAAGGUUACAUAUCAAGUUGAAGUAUGAAAUUGUUUUUGAAGCUUUUCAACAACUUGACAUACAGUGUAAUGCAUAUGAUAAGACUUUGGACAAAAUGUCAUACAUU